UUGCGGACGUUUCCUCUUCGCCGGUCGCAGCAUGCAGAGCGCCGUGUGUGUGUGGAUUACUCUCCUGCUGGGCUGCAGCAGUGUUUGGGGAAGGAAGGCGGACUCAGCCUCGGCGCUUGGCGGCAUUUUCCGCACCAGGUGCGCCGCCAGGUGCCUGAGCCUCCACAGCACGCGCAUCGCUCUCACAGCCAGCCACUUCCAGAGUAAUGGAUCCCUAGGCUGGUGCCAAGGCCAUAAGCAAUGUGCAAAGUGCCUGGAGCCAUGCAAGGAAUCCUGGGAACUAAAGGAUGGACCUUGUCGGGAGCUGUGCGAGCACGCGUUUCCGAAGCGUCAUGGUGAGUGUGUGACAAGCUGUGAGUUUCUGCGCUCGGUCAUGGUGGUGAAGCAGGGUGAAUGUCCAGCUCCAGAGCGGGCCACUGGCUUUGCCGCCGCCUGCGUGGAGGGCUGUGAGGAGGAUGGAGAAUGCUCUGCCCACAAAAAGUGCUGCCCCAAUGGCUGUGGACACACCUGCCAGCCGCCUAGGAACCUGUACAGAGGCGCUCCUCUGAAGCCCAGGAAGGAGCUGGUGUUUGAGGAGCUGCCCUCAGGCGUGCUGGAGGUGCGCUGGUCCUCCAAGUUCAACGUGUCGGCCGAGCCCGUUCUGAACGUGCUGCAGAGAAGGUGGAACUACGGCAUCCACCCCAGCGAGGAUGGAGCUACUGAAUGGCAAGUGGUGGCACAGACGUCUGAGGAGCGCGUGUGGCUGUCUGAUAUUCGACCCGGCCGCUGGUAUCAGUUCAGGGUGGCUGCGGUUAACGUGCACGGCACCAGAGGAUACACCAUGCCCAGCAGACACUUCAGAUCAUCCAAAGAUCCAUCCCCGCCUCCGGCCCCCUCUGACAUGCGGGUCAGUCACAUGUCCUUUGGUCCAGACCGGUCCGUGUCUGUUCAUGUAAACUGGGAAGCUCCAGCAGACUUGGACAUCCCAGUACAUCAUUACAAACUGUCCUGGAGCUGGACAGUCAGCGGUGGAGAACUGGCCACUCCUCCAAAACUCAAGAGGAGGAAGACCGUCAAUGGGGACUCUAGUUCAGCCGAACUGGAGGGUUUGAGGGAGAAUAGAAGCUACACACUCGAGCUGCAGGCCGUAUCCUACUGGGGCCAACUCCCUCUGAAAAGCUCCAAGGCCAUCCUGCGCUUCUCAACACAACGGACAGAGACGCAGCCCACGGUGAGUUCUGUGCCUCAGAAAUCUCAGUCAGACAUUCUGGACGUGGGCACACCAUUCUACCAAGACGGACAGCUCCAGGUUCGCGUUUACUGGAAGAAACGAGACCCAAAUGUGAGCCGUUACCGUGUGCACUGGUUCCCUGAGUUCUGCUCGCAUAAUGGAAGCAGAAUCCAGGAGAAGCUCAUCACUCAGGAGAAUUAUGCAAGCCUGCCUGGUCUACAGUUCUCCUGCAAGUAUAAAGUCUUCAUCCAUCCAGCGGGGUCCAAAGGCCGAGUGCAGGCAGAAAGCACUACCUUCUACACCCCAUCCUGUGCUUCCAUCCAGGGAAAAAGCGCCAAACCUAUCCUCUGCCCUGGAGAACCAGCUGCUCCGCCAAAAGUCCUGGCCAGGGCAGAGAACCUUACUGCAGCCUUCUCCGUCCACAAGGGCAACGUGACUGGCUUGUUCUCGUGGGUGGUGGCCGUGCCUCGAUCACCUCAGCAGGUCACAGGCUACCAGGUCACCUGGGCAGAGGUCACCGCCGAGAGCCGCAAAAACAACCUUGCAAACAGCCUCAUCUCUCAGUCCCAAAUCCUACCUCCAGAGCGAAAUAUUCUUGUAGUCUCUGGCUUGCAAAUGGCGUCUCUCUACAGGCUGGAGGUGGGGGUGAUGACCACUGGAGGACAGGGUCCAACCACUUCCAGAACCUUCCAGACUCCAGGUCAUGCCAGGCCAGUCCUGCAGUAUAGACCUAAGGUGAAGAAGCACCACUUGAGGUCAGUCGCAGAAGAGCACUGAAACUGAAGUGAACCAUCUAGAACCCUAACCCCAGCUCCUCAGGAACCCGAAGAACCGAAAGAACCAAAGAACAUUCAGGAGAGAAGCUCAUAGCAGAAGCUUUUGAGCAGGUCAGAACCCUUCAAAAAUCUGACUCUGGAAGUGUUGAGAAGGAGAUUUGGAAAGACAUUCCCAACAAAGGAUAUCCAUCAUUGAGAGAGUCAGGCAAGGAGGAAAAUAGGAACAGAAAAAGUGUAAAAUAAUGAAGAUAAAAUGGAUACAAAAAAUAACCUGAGUGAGUUACUUUGUUGUUGGAAAAAAAAACUGCAGUGCUGUUCAAA